AUGGCUCGUACAACGCAGUUGGCCGUCUUCAUCACACUUUCCCUAUUCAAUAUCUUCGGCUCACACCUGGUCCAUGCAGCCGACGAUGGCCCUGGCUCGGCUUCUAUUCUGACCUCUGAGGUCGGUCGCCUCAACAACGAGAGCUUGUUCUGGGGCCCUUAUAAGUCCAACCUCUAUUUUGGCGUUCGAUCGAGAACUCCCAAAAGCUUAUGGACCGGGUUGAUGUGGUCCAGAGUUGAUAACUAUCAGGAUGUUCAACAGGGUUUCCGUUACACUUGUGAACAGCACGAAGGUCUCCACGGGUACGGAUGGGACGAGUAUGAUGCCCGAAAGGGAGGCGUCCAAUCGAUUCACGACGAAGGCAACCAGAUUGACAUCACCACCUCAUUUAUCAAGGUUCCCGGUGGAGCCAACGGUGGUAGCUGGGCAGCAAGAAUUCGAGGUGUUCCGAGAGAGGGUGCCCCGGCUGACCUAAAGACCAUGAUCCAUUACUACAUCGCCCAGGAGGGCACCGAAGGAGAGAUAAAAUUCGCUGGCGAGAACGACUCCGCAGGCUAUGAUGGCGACGUUGCGUUCGAGGGUGCUUCCCCCGAGCUUGGUAGGUACAAGCUGGUCAUCACGCAGGGCGAGGGCAAGCAUCCUCAUAGCACCCACCCCUUGGCGGACAAGAAACACCCCGACCAAACGAUGGUGCGAUCUCUUACCGUCUCCGAGGAGGUUCAAUGGCAGGCCAAGGGUUUGGUCUUCAACCUCAUCCAGGAAAGCGUCAAGCAUGUCCAGGAGAACUACGAGAUGAAGGAACCACCCCCAGCGUACCUCAUCUACCAGAUCGACAACAAGCCCGGUGAAGGCAAUGUUCACGUGGUUCAGAAGAUGUUCGAGGGAGCCUUCGAGUUCGACGUCAUCUUCUCGUCUGCUUCCGCCGGCCCCGAGCUCACCAGCGCUGAUGUAACACGCGAGAUCAGGUCCGUCACCGAGUCCUUCGGCGAGCGCUUUUCCUCCGUCUUCAGUCUGAAGGCCCCGUACAAUGCCGAUAAGUACAGGAAGUUCGCCAAGAGCAUGUUCUCAAACCUGCUUGGUGGCAUUGGCUACUUCCAUGGCUCACAGCUGAUUGACCGUUCGUACGCCCCCGAAUACGACGAGGAGAACGAAGGAUUCUGGGAGGAGACUGCAGCUGCGCGUGCCCGCAAGCAGCAAGAGCUGGAGGGCCCCUAUGAGCUCUUUACGGCUGUGCCCUCCCGACCUUUCUUCCCUAGAGGGUUCCUCUGGGAUGAGGGUUACCACCUCAUCCCUAUUGCCGACUGGGACAUCGACCUGACCCUGGAGAUUGUCAAAAGCUGGUUCAAAACCAUGGACGACGAUGGCUGGAUUCCGCGUGAGCAGAUUCUCGGUCCGGAGGCUCGCAGCAAGGUUCCGGAGGAGUUCCAGGUGCAAUAUCCGCACUACGCUAACCCUCCCACGUUGUUCCUCAUUAUCGAGGGCUUCAUGGAGCGCCUCCGAAAGACCAACGGCAGCCUGCCUGCCGAGAAGGAGCGCCUUGGUCCCACGGAGUCCCUCCAGACUGCUCAUCUGGACAAUGUCGAGCUUGGAGAGGACUUCCUCCGGAAGCUUUACCCCUUUGUCCGCACACAGUACGACUGGUUCCGCAAGACCCAGAAGGGAGAUCUGAAAACGUACGAUCGUGAGGCGUUCUCCAACAAGGAGGGCUACAGAUGGCGCGGCCGUACCGAGACCCACGUCCUCACCAGCGGCCUCGAUGACUACCCCCGCCCUCAGCCUCCUCACCCCGGCGAACUCCACGUCGAUCUCAUGUCCUGGGUCGGCCUGAUGACCAAGUCCCUCAUGAACAUCGCCGAUGCCCUCGGUAUGAGGGAGGAAGUCGACGAGUUCAAGACGACUUUGAACGCUAUCCGCCGUAACCUCAACGACCUCCACUGGUCUGAGAAGGAUGGCUGCUACUGCGACGCUACUAUUGACGCUUACGAGGAGAAUUCCCUUGUCUGCCACAAGGGCUAUAUUUCUCUCUUCCCCUUCCUUGUCGGCCUUCUCGAUGCUGACGAUCCGAAGCUGGGCAAGCUUCUCGACUUGCUCGGCGACGAGGAGCACCUCUUCAGCCCUCACGGCCUGAGGAGUCUGAGCAAGCAGGAUGAGUUUUACGGAACGGCCGAGAACUACUGGCGCAGUCCCGUGUGGAUGCCCAUCAACUACAUGGCCGUCUCCCAGCUGAAGAACGUCGCGUCCCAGGACGGCCCCUACAAAGCCAAAGCCGCGGACCUCUUCACCCGUCUCCGCAAGAACCUCGUCGACACCGUCUACAACAGUUGGGAAAAGACGGGCUUCGCGUGGGAGCAGUACAACCCUGAGACUGGCGAGGGUCAGCGCACGCAGCACUUCACGGGUUGGACGAGCUUGGUGGUCAAGCUCAUGGCCAUGGAAGAUCCCAGCAAGGCUGCCAACGGCCACGUCAGAGACGAGCUGUGA